AGUCUGUGAAAUAGGAAGCAUCAGCAUGAGAUCACAGUGGCCAGUUUUUCUCCCUCAGGUGGCUAGCAUGGGCCACAGUGGGCAGCCCCUGUCCUUCAGGCAGGGAGCAUCAUCUUGUGGGGAGAGGCAUUCAUAUGUCUUCAUUCCUCUUCCACUCAGCAGGCAGUAGAAUGUGGGCAGAAUAUUUAUUUUUCUUGCGGAAGCUGCCAAAAGCAGGUACAUGUCAGCACAAUAUCUUUCUCAGUGAGGUGGGCUUAGUUGGGAGCAGAUGGUGGGCCCUGUAUGUUCUUCUCUUAGUGAGGUGGCCAGCAGAAGUAUGAGUGUAGUGGUCAUCUCACCAAAAUGGGCAGCAGCAUGCGGACAGAGAAGCAGCAGGCAAGGCAAAGAGCAGGCAAGAAGGCAAUUCAUCUAUUACAGGGCCUGGAUGCAGGUGGCACUGUGGUCUAAACCCCCAAGCCUCUCGUGCUUGCUGAUCAUGAGGUCAGCAGUUCAAGUCCACGUGAAGGAGUGAGCUCCCAUUGCUCUGUCCCAGCUCCUGCCAACAGAGCAGUUCGAAAGCACACCAGUGCAAGUAGAUAAAUAGGUACCAUAACCGACAUUUCCAUGCACUUUGGUUUCUGUCACGGUGUUCCAUUGCUCCAGAAGUGGUUUAGUCACACUGGCCACGUGACCCACAAAGCUGUUUGUGGACAAAUGCCGGCUCCCUCGGCUUGAAAGUGAGAUGAGUGCCGCAACCCUAUAGUCGCCUUUGACUGGACUUAACCGUCCAGGGGUCCUUUACCUUUUUUUUUUUAACCUGUGGGAUGGUAAUUUAAUAGCAAAUUAUUCUUCCCAUGCUACUUCUCUCUAGGCAGGCUAUGAGAUAAACACUUCACAGGUCCCCCGUACCCCAGUGCUCACCUGUGCCCACAAUAACUUUUACAACAUUUGAAACAACGCAGUAUUCAAAGCUCAUGAUAUAACAUUCCCAUAACUUUUACAUCAAACCCAAGUGGGUUGAAUGUAUUUGAUAUUUGCAUUAACAGAGAGUAAUGGCUAGAUCAUAAACGCUUCUCCAUUAUUUUAGCCUUUCAAAAUUCUUGGGAGAAAGAUGCAAUCACAACAAAAUCUGCGGAAGCCUCGUGCCACGUGGUUCGGUUUCACAAAUGCAAACUCUUUCUUACUGCAACAGCUACAAAUAAAUUAAGAUUUCAAUCCUAUACACAGUUAUUUGGGAAUGAACCCCAUUGAAAACAAAGGAACUUUUUCUGAGUAGACAUGUUGCACUGCAAAUAUCUCAGGGCAGAGAAAGCCGGAGGGCAAAGAAAACAAUGCUGUUUGAAACUCCCCAACUGUUUAAUUUAUUUGUCCCUGUUUCUCCUGUAACUUAUCUGCAAAAAAAUAUUACAAAACUGGUAUUCUUUCCCCAGAAUCAAUAACAUGAAUUGUGCCAAGUGGUGUAGUAGUUCACAUAGAAAGACUUUGAAAGGAAUUAGGUCGAUUUAGGAAAUAUACUUCCAGCUUCCAAUUCCUGCAACUGCUAGCAGCUGGGAAAGAGGAAGGCUAAUAUUAUAGCGCCACAACACUGGAAGGCUAUAAUUUCUAUUCCGUUUGAAUUUAAGAUUGAAAAAGCAUUUCCCUCGCUUAGUAAAUUCCACGAAUCCUUGCCAUCUCAGUUUCCAUUUUAACAUAAAAAUAGAAACCGUCUGCUGGUCUUGUUUCCAAGUUAUUCUGAGGCAAAGUUAGAGGGUUGUUUGGUAAACCUUUAGCACUACACUUUAACAGACUUGACCUUAGAUCAAGUAGGGCUCCAUCCAUUGCAUGUUUUAAACUAUUCCACGAGUGUCUUCCCAUUAUAUUAUAUCUGUAUCAUCAUCUGCUUUUGUCAAAAGACAUAGAGCCUUGCAUUUAGAAUCUAACAGGUUAGCUCUUCAAUCCGCAAAAUCUCUAGCUCCAAGUUGUGGAGGGCUUUGCUUGUGAGAACCACACAUUCCUGUCGUUCUAGUGAAAAGCUAGUUUUUAAUUUUUAUGGUAAACUCAUUUUUCAACAACCAGAAACUUAAUUCAUCCAGAAGGGAUUUGGGUAUUUUAUACUUUAAUUUUUUUAAUUUAUUAUUAUUAUUAUUAAAUGUUACCAAAAAAAAUGAAUAGAAAAAAAGAAAUAGAAACAAUACAUAACCAUACAUAAAAACAUUUUAUCUACACAAUUUUCCAGAAUGCAGACUAGAAAAGAAGAAAGGCAAAAGAUAAAAGAAAGAAACAAGAAAAAAAUGAAAAGAAAAAAUACUUUUCAUAAUCAAUUAUUCCAAAUUCAUACUUCAAACAUAACAAUAUUUAAAUCCUAGUUAAAAUAUUAUAAAAGACUUCCACCGCAUUCACCACACGUCUCUUGGUUAUCUAAUUCACCUUUACAUCUGUUCUUCAGUCACUUCCGUUCCUUAAAUUCUUUCAUAGUCCAUCUAAUCUUUGUAUUCUCUGUAUUCUUCACAAGGUUAGUCUAAGCACAACCAAACUUUCGUGUUUGAUACAGGGGUAUUUUAUACUUUAAAUUUAAACUGUUAAUGUUAAUGGGGUCAGAUUAAUACAGUGAAAACUUUCAUGCUGUGAUACAUUUGUUAGCAAACUCUUUUUCCCUUUUUGCAAUUGGCAAUUUUGUAAUUGUUGUUGUUGUUUAGUCGUUUAGUUGUGUCCGACUCUUUGUAACCCCAUGGACCAGAGCACGCCAGGACCUUCCAAAUAUCUCCUGUCCAAGCUCACCAUUUUUGUGCCUUUUAAAUACCUAUUUGCUGCCUCUUGGCAUCAGUGACAUCAGAAUACUUUUUUUUAAAAAAACCACACACUGCCAUCUUCUUUUUGUUAAUAUAUGAUCCCAGCCAAUCACAGAUCACGUAGGCAGCACGACAGUAUCACAAAACCAAAUGGAUUUGGCUCCAUGACGAUAAAAUGAAGCCAUGUAGCCAAUCCAAUCUGGCUCCAUCAUGACAUCACAAAGAAAAUUCAAAGUGAGGUCAUGAAGCCAUUUGCUCAUUCUGAAUGGCAAAACAGUUUUCAGUGGUUUGCAGCUCCCUGCAAAUGUGGUGCUUUUCACAGUGGGAGCAAGUAUUUGUCAAAGGUGUUCCCCUUCCAUUCUGACUCUGCUCUACCUCUAUGACCUAAAAUGAGAAGCCACCUCCCAGGACAUCCACAGGCUCAUGUGGCCCGUGGGAUAAUCUAACAACAUUAGAUUUGGUAGAAUGCAAUGUAAAACAUCAGAUCACAAAUGAAAGCGGUUUGUGGGCAAUUUGGUAGGUGGAAGGGGGUCAGUGAUAGCAUAUACUGAACUGACUCUCCUAAAACAAUUUUUACUCCCUGCAGACCACCAGAUGAGUGGUGAUUUGAAAACCUGGGGUAAUCCAUCCUAAAGGGGCAUUUCCGGCCCUUGAGCUGAAUGGGAAAAAGCAGAAGAUCACCCACUUUAGCUCCAUUGACUUAGAUGGCUUUGGGUAGGGCGAGGAGCCUGAAGCCAUCUUGGUGUUGUUGUCUCAUACAGUAUAUACUGGUGAUUUGUUUAAAUACAGUCAUACCUCAGGUUACAGACGCUUCAGGUUCUGUUUUUUCAGGUUAUGGACUGCCGAAACCCGGAAGUACCGGAACGGGUUACUUCCAGGUUUCGGCGGUUGUGCAUGCGCAGAAGCACUAAAUCACACUUUGCGCAUGCACAGAAGCACCAAAUCGCAACCCGCGUUUGCGCAGACGCGGGUUGCGAACGCUGCACGUUGCGGACAUGCAUCCCGCACAGAUCACAUUCGCAACCCAAGCGUCCGCUGUACAUGGUUCAGACACUUCUGCCUGGCCAGCUGUGUCACCAAAAUCAUGAGCUCUCAACUUAGUUCAGCCUUUGGACUCAGCUGUGUUAUCCAGUGGGUUCUCUGAGACCCAAACUAAGCAUCACAUAGAGUGGUGACACUUCUCUGGGAUACAGCAGAUUAUUAUUUUUUAAAGCACAUAGCUUAUUCUCAUACAUGGAUGUCAAUUUUUAAUGCCUUCCAUUACAGAGGAGGAAGAAGGUUCUUGGAUUCUUCAGGAGGUUCAUUAAAAUGAAACUGGAGCAUAAGUUUCCUAUUUGUACAGGUGGCUCCUUUCGGAGCUGGUUAGUUCGACAGACUUUGGGGGCUUCUUUUUUCCUUUUGCUCCCACAACACUGCAUCUAAGAUGAAGAGAGAGAAUGAAAAGGCUCUUUGCAGCACACCUUGACUCGUGAAAUAAGUACAGGUGAUCCUCUCUAUCUUUGGUUAAUACAUAUUUUUUUUUAUUCUGGCAGGUAGUUGCCUGCCAAGAAUCUGGCGUUUUAUGCUUUCUUCUCAAUGUACUUGUCACUGAUGCAUUUCUACGGUAAAGGUAAAGGGAUCCCUGACCAUUAGGUCCAGUCGUGGCCGACUCUGGGGUUGCGGUGCUCAUCUCGCUUUAUUGGCCGAGGGAGCCGGUGUACAGCUUCCGGGUCAUGUGGCCAGCAUGACUAAGCUGCUUCUGGUGAACCAGAGCAGCGCACAGAAACGCUGUUUACCUUCCCGCUGGAGCGGUACCUAUUUAUCUACUUGCACUUUGACGUGCUUUUGAACUGCUAAGUUGGCAGGAGCUGGGACCCAGCAAUGGGAGCUCACCCCGUCGUGGGGAUUUGAACCACCGACCUUCUGAUCGGCAAGUUCUAGGCUCUGUGGUUUAACCCACAGCGCCACCCACAUCCCUGUAUUUUAGAGUACUGUGACUUAAUUUGGCCAACUUUCUGGAGGCAGCAUGGCAGUAAUGGGUGGGCCCAACCCAAGCACACUCUUGGAUGUGUGAACAGAAUUUGUACAACAUCUGGAGUUCUCUACGUCCCAUAGUUUAAUGCUUCAUCUAUUGUGCUUAUUAAGCCGAAUAAUGUGCAAUUGCUAUAGUGCUAAAACAACAAUACUUCUGUUAAUUUGGAAGAUUUAUGCCCUGCUUUUCAACCCUAUUAUCGUAACAGCUUACAAGCAACAAAUAAUGCAAAAAACCACAACCCUGAACUCUCCUCCCCCACCCCGCAGCCCCAUGUCCUCUGACUGACUGAUAGGGCCAGAGUAAAUCUCUCUUUAACUCUGCAGUCCCAGGGCAACUGGAAGUUGGAACAGACUCUUCUUCCUGGCAGGGAGAGUGGAAUCCAACCUCCUUCAGUUGCUCCUUCACUGGCCAAUGGAUGGGGCCAAGUUCUUGCCAUGAUCUUCCUUAGAGGAGUGAGGUACAGUCACCCUUGGCCAGUAAGUUAAAGGGACCCCUGACCAUUAGGUCCAGUUGUGACCGACUCUGAGGUUGCGGCGCUCAUCUCGCUUUAUUGGCCGAGGGAGCCGGCGUACAGCUUCCAGGUCAUGUGGCCAGCAUGACUAAGGCGCUUCUGGCGAACCAGAGCAGCGCACGGAAACGCCGUUUACCUUCCCGCCAGAGCGGUACCUAUUUAUCUACUUGCACUUUGACGUGCUUUCGAACUGCUAGGUUGGCAGGAGCAGGGACCGAGCAACGGGAGCUCACCCCGUUGCAGGGAUUCGAACCACUGACCUUCUGAUCGGCAAGUCCUAGGCUCUGUGGUUUAACCCACAGCACCCCCCCAUGUCCCUACCCUUGGCCAGUAGCAGAGGCCAAAGUACACUAUUAAACAUCUUAGCAUGUACAGAUAGAGGAUAGCAUUCAGCUUUAUUUAACCCCUCUCACUUCAACAUGAAAGAAAGCCAUACUGAGAGGAAGACUCUGCUUUGUCGAAACCUCUGGCCACUUUAAAUUGGCAACAUUUCUCCAAGAAUCCCAGGUAUCAGAGAGCCAAUUCACCAACAGAGGGAGAGUUUCAACUUUCCAGAAUCUGGAGAUCACCUGCUUGACUCCUGGAAAGGUAAGCAGUUUGGAGGGGCUGUUUAUGUGCCUGGUAUGCAUGACCAAGCACUAGUUGAGAACAACUAGUAUUUUUUCUAAUAUCUUUAAUUAACUUUAGGUCUGCUUCCCAGAAGGAUUGUUGAGCAGAGACUGCAUAAUUUCCAAUAACAAGUCCUACCUAACCUAUAUUAGUUGUUAAUAGCUUUCAUGCCCCAGAAGUUUACAGGAGCACAGCAAUUGCGAAAGCAGUUGUUGAAGUCUGCUAGCUCCUUCCUGUUCUUGUAAUAUCAUAAAGGACACCUCGGGUUUUCCUUUCACUUGCAACCUCUGAAGAUUACAUUUCUUGACGAAUCACCAUCCAAAUUAGUCGUCCAGACACGGAAGCACAGCGGUUCAAGCAACACCCAAGAAAUCUGUGGUAGGGCUUCACAUACUGUGUGACUAUUGCUAUAAUUAUGACCACUCUGGGUAGGUGUUCAGUGAUUCUAAAUGAUUAACUAACCAUAUGCUUUCUAUUUAUAAAAAAAGUGUCAACACUUUUUUUUUUAGUCAGCUCGUCUGAGCUAAAUGAAGUGAUGAAAAGUCAAACCCUGAUCACCUGAAAUGGCACGCCAAGUCCUGCGCAUGAUUUGGACAAAAUCAAUAGUAAAAGUAGCGGAUCUGUCGGAAAUACCAAGAUUAUUAUUUUUUAAACCCAAAUAAACAAAAGAGAUCAAAUUUUCAGCACAA